UGCCCCAUCAUUGGUGUCAGUGGGAGGAAUAGCGCCCCAUCAUUGGUAUCAGUGGGAGGAAUAGUGCCCCGUCAUUGGUGUCAGUGGAGGAAUAGCGCCCCGUCAUUGGUGUCAGUGGGAGGAAUAGCGCCCCAUCAUUGGUGUCAGUGGGAGGAAUAGCGCCCCAUCAUUGGUGUCAGUGGGAGGAAUAGCGCCCCAUCAUUGGUGUCAGUGGGAGGAAUAGUGCCCCAUCAUUGGUGUCAGUGGCAGGAAUAGCGCCCCGUCAUUGGUGUCAGUGGGAGGAAUAG